AUGGACACCAACGAACUUUCUUUCGAAAAUUUCGGUCUACAACGCGCUGCGGCUGCGGGUGAUGAUGAAGGCGUUCCUCAGCUCUUCAUUCAGGGGAAGACGGCGCUUAUGUCUGCCAUUGCUGGAGACAACAGUCAUUGUCCUUCCAGUUGGGAAAAUCUCGGCGCGUUUAACGCGUCUUUCAUGACUUCCAAGCGUCUAGACGCCAUACGCGUCAUCCUCAAUCACCCUCAUAUCUCGCUACUCACCCUCAACCUACCUCACCACGCUAUGAACGGGACUAUACCUCUUGGUAUGGCUGAUUGGCUAAACAUGCCCGAAGUUGUCCGUCUUCUCCUUGAGGAAAGCGCUGAUUGCGUUUCUGUGGAUGGGAUGGAUUGCCACGGUGCGACAGCUUUGAUGUAUGCUGCUCGUGAUGGUGGUCUUGACGUGGUCCAGAUCUUGUUGUCCCAUGGAGCCCGCCCAGAUUCCAGGGAUCGCAAUCACCGCACAUCAAUUCAGUUUGCUCUUGCCCACCCUCAGAUUCUUUGGUUAUGCGAAACCGUUUUACGUCGUCAUAGACGGCGAGAAAGUCAAUCCGCGGAUCGAGGAAAGCUGUUCUCGGAAUCCAAGCACAUUUUAGAAUUGGCAAGCGCGGCGGCACCUUCAUCCGAUGAUCUCGAACCUCCACAACUCUCUAUCUUUACGAACGAAGCAACUUCAAGGUUGACCAAUACACUCAUUUCUUCCAUCCGCACAUCCGACCUGUCCUUCAUUCAUUGCAUCCUUUUCUCUCCUCCCUUACCUCCGUCGGCGCCUGCGGCCUUGUAUCCGAUGUCCGUUCCCGCUCUCAUAAACCUUCCCGAUUCGAAAGGCUGGAGUCUCAUCCAUCACUGCGUCGCCGUGGAAUCCCUCUCCAUCGAAAUUCUAGACACUUUGUACUACGCAGGAGCCGAUAUGGCGCUAUUCACAACUCACGAACAACGAACACCACUGCAUAUUCUCGCGCAAUCAGCACCUGUACUUUCCGGUCAAGCAGACCACGCACUUUCUUUGUAUAAUUUUGUUGCACAUCUCCUCCGCGACCUCCGUGCCCCCUUUUCCGCUAAGGACAAGUGGGACGAAACUUGUAUCCACGUUGCCGCUGAACACGGCAAAUGUAUCGAAUUGUUGAUAUUUUUCCUCGAUUUCGAUUCCACUGGUUCCGUGCGCGAACAGAAAAACUCCCGAGGGUUGACAGCCUUGGAAGUAGCAAAACCCGAAUUCCUCAUCGCUUUUGGAGAAAAUACUGAAAACACGAGAUCUGUAUCCGCUCUUUCCAACUACACCAUUAAACUAACUGGUUCCUUCGCGUCACUUGCCUCAUUUUCCGGAUGGUCAGACUUUAUCACUGUACAAGACGACACUGCAUCACUUUACACUCCUUCAUCUCUCGACGUGGCCGUCACAGCUCAACUGGUUCUCUCUAACCUUCGUCGAACGUCCCCUAUUGGUCGACACCACAAUGAUCCUGCUUACCUUGCUCAACUAGACGAGCUCCUGACCGAAACUACUCAACAAAGCCAAACGCUUGUGCAACAUUUUCGCGACAAGGCAAAUGAUGCUCUCAAAGAGAUCGCAGAGCUGCGCAAGAGUGCAGAACGAAUCGACGCACUCAGGAAUGCCGUUUCCCAUGCGGCCAGAGGCAAACUCGCUGUGAGAGGUAUCCGCCCUAUUCCUCCCAAGAAGCGAUAUCGCGAUUCCGAGGACUCUCAAACGACUGCAGUUUCUACGCUCUCCGAUGACCCAGUUGAUUGGGUCCCUGCUUCCCCUCAUGCUAACGAUCGUCGUGACGUUGCGACCCAAACCACUCUCCUUGACGUCCUGAAUAUGAAUCCUAGUGCGACUUCCCGCUCAAAUCCGGCAGCCUGGACUUCCUUCCUAGAGAGCUUUGUUCAUAAUGACGAUCCAUCCAUGUACAAGUCUUACCUCGCAGGCCUCUGGGAGGUUAACCGUGAACUUGAGGAACUCGAGGAGAAAGUGACGCCUUCAGACAUAUCUGGUCAUGACUACGGCUCUACAAGAUCAACCAUCGACUCGCGGGUGAAGCAUCUUUUGAAGAAAAAGAAGAAGUUGGAGGACAAGCUCAGGGAAUUGGAGUCGGAGCAGAAGGGGGAGAAGAAGGGGACUUCAAGGCUAAAAGCUUGGCUCAAACGGGUCGUUCUUCCCGUCCAACAUCAGACCAAGCUUGAACUGGUUCUAGACGUCGACGAGGAAAGGUGCAAUGUGGGGAGGGAAGUGUCCUUGCCCAGGAACUGCCCGCCCACUCAGGAGGCCUUUGAUGCGUCCAUCGAUGGUGCUCUGAGAACGUCACAGUUGGUCCUUCACUCUGCAUGGCGUGACUUGAAAACAGUUCAAGAUUGCCUGGCUUCCGCCGAGCAACUCAUCGAGUCUGCCAAUAGCUUCAUCACCAGGGCUGAGCGUGUAAUCAAAAGGGCGGUGAAGAAACGACAAGCAAUGCUCGCCACACUCCGUGCGUCGGAGGCGGGCGCACAAUGGGCGGAUGGUGACAUCGUCCAGCAGCAAAAGUUAGACGCGGGUCCCCCUGGUUUACUUGGAUAUUCCAACAUCACCUCCUUGCGUCCGAGCUUGGCGUCGAUUUCUUCCAUGCAGUCAACUUGCUCUUCCAUUUUAUCUGUCGCAGUGGUGCUCCGGCUAGAUAACGGACUGGCAUCUGACGUUAUAUUGUACUCGCCACACCCAACACUGCGUAUCCGCAAAAAAGAAUUGUAUAACCAUUUACCCACUCCUACGGUCAUUAACAAGACUUACCUUGGGAAAUUUUAUACCGGAUUUGCACGCGGAGAGCUCUCCCUUUCCCUCUGCUAUUCCCCUUCCACCUUGCCCUCACUUCUAACACCACCCUACCAGCUCCAGGACAAAAUUCAACUCACUCAAGAAAUCGGCUCUGGCACUCCCGGCUCCAACAAGGGGAGAAUCAUUAACGUCCUAUGCUACAUGUCCAGCGCUGCGCUCGAGCUCAUUUCUCAAGGCGAAACUGUUCUGUGCGUCUCUCUCUCCAUCAUGUCAUUCUGGCUCCCCAACUUGAAAAGACCCAUGGCCGGCCGGAUUUUCUUCCGUCCUCCCUUACCUCGAAUCGUGGCCCAAGAUCGAGCCUGUGUGGUUACGCCGAUGGUUGGCGUCAAAGAUGCCGGGCAUUUUUUCGAGAUGGACGUUCUUAGCAGUGGAAUAGUUUUGGAGAUAAUCACAUCGGUACCUCCUACCUCGAUUCUCAUUCGAGCUGGUGCCGAACAAGGACAUCUUGGGAUUUCGGUUGUACCAACGCGACAGCCUGAAUGA